AUGAUUCGGCUUGUGGCUUUUCUGUCCUGCAUUGGGUUGAUUUGUGCUAAGGCAUCUUUCAACUAUGGUGUGCAGAAUGACAGAGUCAUAGGAGGCCAUGAUGCUCCACCCAAAACCUGGAAAUGGCAGAUUUCUCUCCAGUAUGAUUCAUACGGUGAUGGUUACUUCUACCACAUCUGUGGAGGCUCCCUCAUUGGUCACUCUUACAUUAUGACUGCUGCUCACUGUAUCCUCAGCAUGGAUGGUAACAUGUACCGUGUGGCAGUGGGUGAAUAUAACCUGUAUGAGAAUGACGGUAGUGAGCAGUUUCUCAAUGUGGAAAAAGUUAUUGUCCACCCUAGCUGGACUGGAGACCUUGGCAAAGGAAAUGAUAUUGCUCUGAUGAAACUGGCUGAACCUGUGUACGACAACGGCGCUGUGGCUUAUGCCCAAUUUCCCUAUCCUGACCAAAUGCUGCCUCAUGACUUCGAAUGUGUCAUCACCGGCUGGGGACUAUUGGACUCUUUCACAGGAAGUGUCCCUGACAUCCUACAGGAGGCUCCCAUCAAAGUGGUGGAGCAUUCAGUGUGCUCCCAGCCUCAGUGGUGGGGCAGCAUUGCUCUGAGAACCAUGGUGUGUGCUGGAGGGGAUGGAGUCAUAUCAGGCUGCCAGGGUGACUCUGGAGGUCCCCUGAACUGCUUCACUGAUGGAGAAUGGAGAGUCCAUGGUAUUGUCAGCUAUGGUCCAUCUGGUGCAUGCAACCAAGUGUCUAAACCCACCGUCUUCACCAGAGUGUCUUCCUUCCAAGACUGGAUAUAUUCAGUUCUGGAGAAUUUGUAAAUGCCACAGUGUUUUGUCCAAACUGCAAAAUGG